UUUGAAAUCCGCCAAAACCAAAAACGUGACCGGUUCCCUGGUGGAGGCAUUUUGUAUAAGAAAAAGCAUACAACCGUUGUUUCACUGUUUGUGGUGCGUUUGGACAUUCGGAGCUUGUGGACUUGGGGAGAGCGAGGAAGAAGAAGAAGGCCAAUUUCCCAAGCAAACACUACAAACACAGAGAGAAAUGGAAGCCAGCGAAUACGAACACGAUCAGCGUCUUCGUUUCUAGAGCGAUUUUUGCUUCGAACUAAUAGAAACAGAGUUAUGAACUGCUUAAUCGAAUCAGUCGAACGAGUAGGGGCAGAGCUUCUUAUCGAUUCUCGAUUUGUUUAAGUGCUUUUUUAUUAAGUUGAUUAGUAGCUGAGAGAGAGAGGGAGAGCGGGCAUAGUGUUCAGUGAUGGAAUUGUCUUCGACCGAUCCACCGAUUAAACGAAGAGCGGGAUUGCGGAUUAAGCAGGCGGGUCGGGCUUCGUACCAGGGCAGCUAGAUAAGGUGUUUGUUGGUUUUGUCUGCUUUUUUUGGAAGUGAUUAUUGAUUUUGUUACUAGUUGUUGUAUUUGAGAGACUUUUGAGGAAGUUGAGAAGAUAAUGGGGACUACUGCUCUGAGGCAGUUGCUGAAGAGCCUCUGCAGUGAUUCGCCUUGGAAUUAUUCAGUGUUUUGGAAGCUCAAGCACCAGAGUGAUUUUGGCGAUCUUCGGUAUGAUACUGGCCUUCUUGUUGUCUUAAGGAUUUUGUCUUGGGAGGAUGGGUACUGUCAUCACCCAAAUCCAAGAGAAACUGUGGAACAUGCAUCGGAUGACAUCUACUUCAGCGACGCAAAUCAGAUGCAUUUUAAGGAUUUUGCAACAAGUAUCCAUGAUGGUGGAUCUGCAGGAUAUCCAAUUGGACUGGCUGUGGCUGAUAUGGUACAUCUUCAGUACACAUUUGGAAAAGGGGUUGUUGGUGAGGUGGCAUGUACAGGGAGCUUUACCUGGGUUUUCCUUGACAGUCUAUGCACCAGAGAGUCUGAUUUAGUUCCUCAGUGUCCAGAUGAAUGGCUUCUUCAGUUUGCAUUGGGUAUCAAGACAAUUUUGCUUGUACCUGUACUUCCAUAUGGAGUUCUGCAACUUGGCUCCCUGGAGACGGUUGCUGAAGAUCCUGCAGUGGUUGCUUUUGUGAAAGAUAGAUUCAAUUCUAUUCACAAUGUUGAGGGGAAAACUGUACCUUUUACCUUAAACAAAGACAUUGAAGCUCAAUCAUCAUGGUCACAAUCAUUUAGUUUAAUGCAGAACACAUUUGAGCCAUCAGCUGUUACCAUGAAUCCACUCAACGUUGAAGGGUCAGAAGAUGUUCAUAACAUCAGACUGAAUGAUAACUUAUUGUCGACCUUCGGGCAAUUUUUGCAAUUGCCAACUGCUGAAGAUUCACUUCUAGAGACCGGAACAGACGAGCCAGAAGUUCUUAAGAGUACAGGCGAAAGUGUGAUUGCUGUUCCGCCAACUUUUCACUGUGGAGAAUCAAGUCCACUCAGUCAGUCGAUAGAUACCAGCUUGGGUAUGAUGGAAAGUCAGAUGUUUGGGCUGUCUUGUCUAGAGGAAGAACUUCUAGCCUAUUCUCAAUUUGGUGGCUAUGGUUUGGAAGUGUUUGGAGAAUCCAUGAGCGGUUUCAAUUCUUACUCUGUUGGAGGUGUAGCAGAACUGUUCGAAGACGUUAAUGCUAAAGAUACAAGUUACAACACAGUGAAUAAUUUCUUUAGCUUUCCUGAAAAUUGUGAACUACACAAAGCACUUGGAACACCUUUGCAGAGGCAGACAGAUGAACAUAUAUGGGACCCAUCUAUCGGCAUUGAUGAUACAUGUAGCAGCUCUAGUUUGCAGAAAGAUCUCCCUACCCGUAUUGAGCCAUCAUGGUUUUCCAAAGCAAGUGAUGCUGAGAACCUCUCGAAAGCUUUUGUAGCCAAAGAUGAAACCUCAUCUAGCAGAUCAGAGAAUAUUAAAUCAUCUAUUACCUCAUCAAGUCAACUUCCUGCUUCUUUCAAACAAUUGAAAUUUGAAGCGAGUGCCCCAGUUGGAAGUGAUUCAGCAACAUGGAACCAUACAUCUGCUUUACCUGCCAGGGGCGAGAUUUCAACUUCUUUCACAGGCACGAUAAGUACUUUGGUUGACGAAGAGCAGAAGGAGAAAGGGUACAAGUCUACAAAGCCUAAAAAGGAACAAAAGUUGUCCGGUGGCACUGCAAGAAAGACCAGGCUUGGCAAUAGCCGGAAGCUAAGACCAAGAGAUAGACAACUGAUUCAGGAUCGUAUGAAAGAGCUACGAGACCUUGUCCCAAAUGGUGCUAAGUGCAGCAUUGACGGCCUUUUAGACCGAACCGUUAAACACAUGCAGUUUUUAAGAAACAUGACUGACCAAACCGAAAAACUGAGGUGCUACACACCACAAGAGGCACCUCAUUCCAAUAACACAAGCGAAGCCACAAGUGGCUGCGAAAGUGGGACAAGCAGGGCUUUCGAAGUUGGAAGUGAACUCCAGAUUUGCCCCAUUGUGGUAGAAGAUCUUGAACACCCAGGACACAUGCUUAUAGAGAUGCUAUGUGAUGAACACGGACUUUUCUUAGACAUAGCCCAAGCUAUCCGACGACAAGAGCUGACUAUCUUGAAGGGUGUGAUUGAAACUCGCUCAAGCAACAUGUGGGCACAUUUUGUUGUCGAGGCACCAAGGGGUUUUCACAGAAUGGAUGUAUUUUGGCCACUCCUGCAUCUUCUGCAACGCAGGAGAAGUUCAAUAUCAAGCAGGAUCUGAUGCGCCUCCAUUUAUAUCCAAGAAAAGCCGGCAAGCCGCCGGGUAUUGUGCGUCAAAACCAGGUGACGAUGGCGAGACCUAGGAAGCAUCACCAUUACAUCCUCAUCAGAGCAAGACUAAAUUAUCAGUACAACUACUUUAAUUGUUUGUGUACAAACUAAAGAUUUCUCUGCAAUUUGAAAAAAAAUUAGCUUCUAAAAACUGGAAAGAAUGGAAUACAUGCCUACACGGCUCCACGAAUGUGCGCAAAGAAAUAAUGUACACCAUGAUACAAGCCCUAAGUAAGCAUCUAAUAACACAGACUAGUUGAAGA